CUCAGUCCCAAGACUGAAUCAGUAAUGAUAUUGAUCAUUUGACCAAGUUUCACUCUGUUACCUCCAGUGUGCUCGCCCUGUCAACGUGCUUGUCACUCUUCUUUCACCAGGGCGUCCCCUCCUUGUGCACCCAAUCACCCGCAAUACGAUGUGACAUGGCGCCCUCCCAGUGCACAUCAUCCCCCCCACAUCCGGUUGGACAGUCAGCUCCCGUCAGCCACAACGACAGAUGAGGUUGAAAAUAGCAGCGGGAGCCCGUCGUCGUCAAUAAAGAGGCUGAAAAUCCGGGGAACGCCCGCUGUAUGGGUGUGGUUGCGAUGACCGGCCUCUACCCUCACAAACCACGUCGUAUUGAAGUACGUGUACACGAUACGUGGCCAUGGGAACAAAAAUAGAUUGUGCCGCACGUUGCCGCUCGAGUGGGAAUAUGACCAGCCAGGCUAUAUAUCGCGACGCCUCCGAGCCUCCAUCUCCCCUUGACCUCAACCCAUCACCACCACCACCAGCACCACUACGACGAAGCCUAUCCUACCCUACGUGAAACGCCAACCUCUCUAUCCUCCUACGUACCCGGCAUCAUGCGCAGCUACACCCUCCUUUCCCUCGGUGCCCUGGCAUCUGCGGCAACAUUCGACGUCAACGUCGGCCAAAAUGGCUUCACAUAUUCUCCCGACACUGUCAAGGCUGCGGUCGGCGACACGGUGAACUUCCACUUCUACCCGGGUGACCACACCGUCACACAAUCCCCCUUCGACAGCCCAUGCCAACCAGUUUCGGGCAAUGCCAUCAACUCUGGCGUCAUCAACUCGAACUCGGGCCAGGCGAGCACGAUGUUCUCCAUGAGAGUGAACUCCACCGACCCAUUAUGGCUGUACUGUGGCCAGGUCGGGCACUGUGCCGCAGGAAUGGCCAUGGUCAUUAACCCGCCAUCGAAUGGCAACACUCUUGCCGCCUACCAAAAAGCCGCCAGCGGCCAGUCGGGCCAAAUCCCGUCCAGCGUCUUCGGGGGCGUCAUCGUCGCCAACGUGGACAACGCCGGCGCCAGCUCCAACGCCAGCAGCAGCUCUUCCGGCUCAUCCUCGAGCUCCAGCGCCUCGGGCUCCUCGUCUGCCACCAACUCCGCGACUACGACCGCGACCACCACGACUGCUGCAGCCUCGACGACCAACACCGCCGCCUCGGCCCAGUCGACAAGCAACGCCGCUUCCUCGAGCUUUGGUGUCAUGACUCUGGAGUGGUCCCUUGUGGGCACCCUGCUGGCUCCCGCCGUAGCAUACCUGUUCUCGUGAACGGCGUCGUUACAAACGGGAGAGGGCAGAGCAACGUCUGAUUUUAUGUUGAGUCAGAGACACGCCCCCCUCGGCGCUCGGUGCUUUUCAACGACAAUAGACGCUUGAUGGCACAAUUGACUGGACAGAAGAGCGCAUUGCUCGCAACACAAAAGCGCAAAAGUUCACAGGAAGAUGCUCGCCGAGGGCCGGGGAUCAUUUGGCCGCAAAGAGUUUGCGGCCCUAGCCAGAUUGUUGUUAUUUUGUACCGAUCACGAUAAUCAAUUAGACCAUGCAUGUACAACCCAACGUUUUCGUUCAUGUAAUUCCAUUUUCUCCUCCG